GCCUCCGCGGUUCGCGUUUUGCAACCCCUACUUGAAUCUCUUGCCUCGCCACGGUCCUUUCUCUCCUUUGGCUCGCUCUCUCGCUCGCUCUCUCGCUCGCAGCAAUGGAAGACCAGCUGGACAUGGCAGAGAAAAAAGUUCUUGUUGAAGUGGUGAAAAUGGCCCAGAAACGGGGAAUGAGCGGUGCUAAAGGAGUGUGGAAGGAUUUUUUGAACAGUUAUGACAAGCAAUUAGGGGCCUCUUUGAGUGAUCCCUCCAGGAGGUCCAAGGAGGUUUUGGCUGCUUUCUUGAAGACUUUCACUGAUGAGAACGAUUUGAAGCUUUUUGCGAAAGUUAUUCAGUGCCAUUCGAACCGUGCCCUAACGGAGCUAUUCAAAGAGGAAUCUCCACAGCAUAAGUCCCCGGAGCAGAGAUUAGUUCGUCUCACUUUGGAACAUCCGCAAUACCCGUCGGAAUAUUCUUUCCCAUCAUACGAAGAGGAAUGGGUGGUUAUAAAGCUCAAGAAAAAGUCCAAGGUGAUGAGAUCAACCAAUUUGGUUGCUGUCGACUGUGAGAUGGUGCUAUGUGAAGAUGGCACUGAAGCUUGUGUGAGAGUAUGUGUUGUGGAUCGCAAUCUGAAGGUCAAACUUAAUGAGUUUGUGAAUCCUGGUAAAGCAAUUGCAGAUUACAGAACUGAGAUUACGGGAAUUGCUGCAGCUGAUUUGGAUGGAGUUAAAUGCUCAUUAUCAGAUGUACAGACAUCUAUGAAGAAGCUAUUAUCACAUGGAACUAUUCUAGUUGGCCACAGUUUGAACAAUGAUUUGCAAGCACUGAAGCUGGAUCAUGCGAGAGUAAUUGAUACCUCUUACAUCUUCAAGUAUUCUGAUGCACCUUUUCAAAGAAAGCCAUCUUUAAAUAAUCUGUGUAAGUCUGUUCUGGGCUAUGAAGUUAGAGAGAAGGGUGCACCACAUAAUUGUCUAGAUGAUGCUUGUGCUGCAAUGAAGCUUGUUCUUGCUGUUGUUGAGCGUGGAUGCGAUACAAAUAUUCCGUGUCUCCAUGAUGUUGUACCUGAUUCCGAAGUGGCCAAGCUGCUGCUUCACAGGAUACCUAGAAUUGUGCCCAUUGGAGAAUUACAUGGAGCAAUGCCUGGGGAAUUUAGAGUUGAACCAAAGUCAUCUAAGAAUGCUCGUGGGGAUACGUAUUCAGCUUUGGCUGUUUUCAGCAGUAUGGAAGAGGCACAUCGAGUCUAUGAAAGUUGAGGCACUUUAGAGAAGGACUCAUUUGGACGGUCUCAGAAAGUAAUUACAUUUCAUCUCAGUACCGGUACUGAGGCUAAUUUAUGCGUCCGUGAAACAAUGCACGACAACUCCCUCGGUCAGUUGUUAAAGAAGAGAGCAGCCGAGAUGUUGGAUUCUGGGGAAUUGAAAAAACUGAAGGUGAGCAAGAUUGGAGAGAUUGAGGUGGCAGCUGUUAAUCAGUGCACUGAUCACUUGAAAGAGAUCGAGAGAUUGAAGGAGGAGCUGAGGCAAAAGGAUCUUCAAAUAGUAAAUCGGUGUGAAGACCACUCAAAAGAGAUUGAAAGAUUGAAGCAUGAGUUAUCCCAAAAGGAUCUUGAGAUCUCUGUUCUCCACAAGAUUGUGCAACAACAUAAGGAAAAAGAGCUGCGGAGAAAAUCAAAGAAGUUCUAAAUCAAGGAUCUGACAAAGAAAAAGUCAAUGGCUUACGCGCAUGAUUAAUUGUGCUCCUACCAAUUUGGCAAACACAAUGACGAAUUUUGCCUUUGCACCAGAAUGGUGCAGAGAUUCCAAUUUUGGGUAAUGACGGAACUGUGUGGAUUAUUUAAUUCAUAGAUAAGUUAGGUGGUUUUUUUGGCCCGCAUUUUGUUCUUCAGGCUUUGGAAAUCAUCUGGAUGCUGCUACUGCUUUGACGAUGGAAAUUAAUUGUCAGCUGAUUUCCGCAUUUUGGUUUUUCUAUUUUUUCAUAGAAAACUUAGAAUGGAGUUUGUAUUUCUGAAGUAUUAUGUAUCAAGAGACAUACUUAAAACUGUGUUGUUUCAUCACCCCUAAUGUAAAGAGCGUAUUAAAUUA